AUGUUUCUGGCGCUUCGAGACAGUAGAAUAAAGGAUCAGUUGUUGAAUGCGGAUACAUUUGGUAUGGAAUCCGAUCGUACGCCUCCUCUGAUUGUUACCACACCAGUGACACCUGAGAAUCGAGAUUACAAACCACCAACAACUUAUGCGGAACGUCGAGAGUACUACCGAAUGCACCCGAAUGAUGCGCGUCCUUAUAUUCCUGGGGUUCCUGAACAGACGCCCUCAGCAGAACCGGAACCGAAGCUGGAGCAACGGCAUCCAUCCUUUUUCACUGAGGAUCGCCCCUCCGGAUCUUAUCAGUUCGAUGAUAUUUAUGCACCUCGAGAUUAG